GCGGGCGCUACAUUUGUCAAUCAGUUGCCUAAGCACGGUGCAUGGCAAGCCUUCCUUGUUAGCUUGUUACCAAACAGUGUCGACCGGACAGGCUUAAAAGUGUUUUCACACAUGUUUUUAUAUAUUUGAGGACGUGUUUAACACAUUGACCGACUUGUAGUUUUGUUGUCUUGUCAAAUAAAUAAGGUGAGAGUGUCAGAACAGCGCAGCUAGCCGGGUAUCAGAGGAGGCUAGUGAAUGCGUUUCUGUAGUAGCCCCCGUGUUAGCUCGGUAGCUAGCUAAACAACGGUAACACACGGAGGAGGAAUGAACCAUAAAAGUAAGAAGAGGAUUAAAGAGGCGAAACGGAGCGCCAGACCUGAGCUGAAGGAUUCAUUAGACUGGAUAAAACACGACUAUCAUGAGACUUUCGACUUGUCACACCGCACCGUGAAGGACAACGUUGAGCGAGUGGACACCCUCCACCUCAGCCCUGAGGAGUUCAUCCAACGCUUCGAGCGGCCCUACAAGCCCGUCGUCCUGCUGAACGCCCAGGAGAGCUGGCCCGCACAGGAAAAAUGGACUCUGGAGCGUCUCAAACGCAAGUACCGCAACCAGAAAUUUAAAUGUGGGGAGGACAACGAUGGAUACUCAGUGAAGAUGAAGAUGAAGUACUACGUGGAGUACCUGGAGAGCACCAGGGACGACAGCCCACUCUACAUAUUCGACAGCAGCUACGGUGAACACGCCAAACGCCGGAAGCUGCUGGAGGACUACCAGGUGCCCAUCUUCUUCAGGGACGACCUGUUCCAGUUUGCAGGAGAGAAGCGCAGACCACCGUACAGGUGGUUUGUGAUGGGCCCGGCCCGCUCUGGCACCGGCAUCCAUAUCGACCCGCUGGGCACCAGCGCCUGGAACGCCUUGGUUCAAGGACACAAGAGGUGGUGUCUGUUCCCCACCAACACACCCCGAGAGCUGAUCAAGGUGACCCGAGAGGACGGCGGCAACCAGCAGGACGAGGCUAUCACCUGGUUCAAUGUGGUUUAUCCCCGAACGCAGCAGCCAAACUGGCCUCCAGAGUUUGCACCGCUGGAGAUCCUCCAAAGACCCGGGGAGACCGUUUUUGUGCCUGGCGGGUGGUGGCACGUGGUCCUCAACCUGGACACGACAAUCGCCGUCACUCAGAACUUCGCCAGCACGACCAACUUCCCCAUCGUGUGGCACAAAACUGUCCGAGGACGACCCAAACUCUCCAGGAAGUGGUACCGUAUCUUGAAGCAGGAGAGGCCGGACUUGGCGGCGCUGGCAGACAAAGUGGACCUCCAGGAGUCGACGGGCAUCGCAUCAGACAGCUCCAGUGACUCUUCAUCAUCAUCGUCCUCCAGCUCGUCUGACUCCGACUCUGAUGCUGCAUCAGGCUCAGAGGGGGACGCCAUGUCCCACCGCAGGAAGAAGAGACGGACCUGCGGGAUGACAGCGAACGGAGACACCAGCAGCCAGGACGACUGCGUCAGCAAGGAGAGGAGCUCAUCGCGGUGACCUCCGGCCAUCUCCGUCCUGCCUCCAGCCGGUGACUCCUUCAAUCAUGAACACAGAAUCAGCUGCUUCCUGUCUAGUUUAGGUAAAUGUCUGAAGCCCUCAAUGAAACGACUUGUAGAUCAAGGAGGAGGAUCCGCUGAGGACCUGUCACCACUGUGCUUUCAAUCAAUAUCUGUGUGUGUCUGUGGUGUCUGUAGUGUGCGGACAUGGUGGGAAAUAUGAUAAUAUGAGAUUAUAGCCAGUCAACAGACUGAGAAGGGUACUGGGGAGUAGGGUGACACUGGGAACUAGUUGUGAGCUUUCAGAGUCUCUGAGCUGCUAUCUGUCGGGAGUUUGUAAGAAAUGAAGGGAUGGGAAUAUUUCUGAGGGUCGUCUUUAACUGUAAACAUGAAAUUCAGCCACCAGAAGAGCUGAAAACCAACAGUUUCUGUAGUUUCACACCCCGUAUCCCUGCAGCAGCACAAACGGACAUGUUUCUGUACUCGUACAGUUGAACUUGGGCCUCUAUUUUCACAGGUGCAAACUGGCCAUAUUCAAAUUUCCACUUUUUUUUAACCACACAUAUCAAUUACUGAGACACAUUGAGAAAAAUAUCAACUCACGGUUCUUUGAUAAUGCACACAGACUUUGAAUUUGUUUACAUAAGCAACUUAAAACACUAAGAAACCAAAGUGGACACACUCUGAUGCCUCUGUGCCAGCGAUAGCCUUGGCAUUAUGUUUCCGGGUUGCCAUCCGUAUGUCUGUCCCAUUCUCAUGAUUACGAUAUCUCAAGAGGGAAUCUAUUCAAGGGAAUGUAUUCAAAUUUGGCACAAGCGUCCACUCACACUCAAAAAUGAAUAGAUUUUAGUGGUCAUUGGUCAAGAUCAGUGGGAGCUGUAUUUUUUGUGGAUGAGGUAUCUCAAGAAUGCGUAGAGGGAGUUUUUUCAUAUUUGGCACAAAUGUCCACAUUAACUCAAUGAUGAACUGAUAAGAUUUUGGUGGUCAUAGGUCACCGUGACGUCAUGCGGCUCCUCGUAAAUGCGGUAUCUCAAGAACAUUGUGAGGGAAUUGUUUUUUAUUGGGCACAAAUGUUCAAUUGGACUUAAUGAUGAAAUGAUUCGAAUUUAGUAGUUAAAGGUCACUGUGACGUUACAAAAAAUGUUUUUGGCUCAAGAAUUCACCUGUACGGUUUGUGUCGGACUGCUGUGCUGCGGGGGAUGAGAUGUGUGUGAAGCAUCCACAUUUUUACAGACAUGGAUGUAAACUGCAACUGCAUACAGCCACAAAACAGUGUUCUAGUUUUAUAUUUUAGGAUAUGCACCUUGAGGUUAAUAGUUUAUCUGCAGGCUGAUGAUCUCAUUUAACUUUUUAUCUGCAACACCCUUCAGGCUACCACCAUGAAACUAGAGGCCUGAGUCUUCUUUAGGAGUCCUCAGAUUGGUGUCCACUCAACGUGAAGACUCCACUAAAUGUCAUUUCCCCACAAAACUGGUGAUUUAUCCUUAAACGGCUUGGAGGUCGUGUCCGUUCUUCUAGCUGCCUUUGUGAUUUAACGUCAUGCUGGAAUAGAAAGUGUCACCUCAGUGAGCCAGCCUUAAAGAAAUGAAACAGUUAUAGGAAACAUGCAUGUAAAAGCAUGGGUUCAGAUUUAUGCUGUAUGAACUGCAUGAUGACACUGCAGGUUGUGUUGAAGCAAUAGCAGCUCGGCCUCCAGUUUGAUGUUCUGCCUGCUCUGUGCCAAAAUGCAGCAAAUGAGAGAAACUGCCCGCAGGCGCAGCAGGCUCAUUAAACGCUGAGUCAAUGUUGAGUUUGUGCAGUCCUAAAAAAAGACAGUAGAGGGCACUACAGUCACCAGACGCACUGCUGCUGUUUCAGCUCCAGUUAAUGUAAGAGGUGGUUUUAGAGUCUGAUGAAGAGCUGGUGUGUUUCAGAGUGAACAGAGUUCAUUAGCAUUUAUUCAUCAGUGUGUGCAUCUUGUUGAAUAACAGCUGUAAUUUCAGUAGGUGUCAGAGUAGAAGAAGAGUCAGUGAUUCGACUUAUUUCUAGCUGAUUUGAGGAUCAGUAACUAAUGGCUGAUUUAAUGUACAUGAGGUAGAACCUGCUCGUUUAACAGUCUAAUGUCAACUAAUGACUAUUUUUAUCACUGAUUAAUCUGCUGAAUAGAGCUGAAACAUUAAUUGGCUGACAAACUAUAAGCUCAAUGCUGAUAAAGUUGCUGAGUCACUUUUAAGGUAAAUGUGGGUUAAAAAGGUCAGCCUGUGUUACAAGUGUGACUCAUUUUUUUGGUUUUCUUCCUCUUCUAUGAUAAUAAAUUGAAUAUUUUGGGGAGGUUGGAACGCUGAUGGAACAAAAUGAGACAUUAGAAUAGGAGUUGAUUGUUAUUGGUUGUUUAUUUCUGGGUUUUUUGUUAAUGAGACCGAUAACCGACAUUUGGAACCAAUAAGCAUUUAAUGUCAUUAUUUAGAAUUUAGAAUAUAACAAACUUCAACACAAAACUUUGUUUAAAUGCCUUUAGCAAAUGUU